ACAUAUAGUUAGGCGAGCGCUCCAAAAAGUUUCGCAUAGUUUUAUUCUUCAACUACCAUUAAAACAUGGUAGUUGUCAUAGAUUCUAGAGCCGAUAUGGCUCAGGAGAGAAUUUUAAUGAAGAAGUUAAAAAAAUACCACAUUGGUAUCCUUCUCCUCUCCGUCGUUGCAGUCAUUUUCCUCCUUUGGGCCAUUAUCGCUACAGUAUACAAUUUCGUAGGAAAUAAGCACACGGAGCACGUAGUAGUCGUGCCAAAGUCCAAAUCAGCAAUUUUCAAAAAUGCAGCAGCGGUGGCAGAUUCCAGAUUUUGUGCGGAAAUUGCCAGAAAUGUGAUAAUCCAGGGUGGAAAUGCAGUUGACGCAGCAAUUGCGGCAACAUUUUGUAAUGGAGUUGUAUUACCGUACGCUACAGGAAUUGGUGGCGGAGAUUUUAUUGUCAUUUAUUUGAAAGAAGAAAAGAAAUGCGUAUUUCUAAACUCCCGCGAGACGGCUCCUUCCCUGGCAACCGAAAAAAUGUACGUCCACGACAAAGACUCUGCCCAAUUUGGAUAUCAAUCAAUCGGAAUUCCCGGUGAACUUCACGGUCUAUGGACUGCCUAUCAGAAAUAUGGAUCAAAAGUGAUUCCAUGGUCGGAUCUAGUUAUGCCAGCUGCACAGUUGGCCAAAGGAUUUCCAAUGCAUAAGGCUAUGCAUGACUAUUUCGACAGAAUUUCCAAGUAUAAGGAACGACCUGAGAUUGAGGCUUUAAGGAAUUUGUACACUUCAAAGUUUACCGGAGAAUUCUAUAAAGUUGGGGAGAUAGUGGCAAAUUACCCACUGGCAAAGUUUUUGAGAUUGAUCGCCAACUCGCAGGACCCAGUGCAAUUGUUUUAUAAUGGAUCCAUCGCCGAUGGAAUCAUCCGCGAAAUGCUUGCCAACGGCGGAAUCAUCACGAUUGAUGACCUGAGGAACUACCGAACUCAUGUGAUGGAAACCCUCUACGCCGAUCUUGGAAAAUACAGAAUCUGCGGACCUCCACCACCAUCGUCCUGGGCGAUUACACAGGCAAUUCCACGUAUUGUUGCAAGACUCUACCGCGACAAGAAAAUGUUCAACGACGCAGAGUUCUACCACACAUUGAUUGAAGCGGAGAAGCUGGCUUACGGUCAACGGGGUCAACUUGGUGACUAUCUUUUUUCACCGGAAUCCAUGCAAAUUGCAAGGAACUUGACGGAAAAUAGCUUUAUCAAAUAUCUCAGCAAGCGUCUCAAGGACAAAUCGCAAGAUGUUUCAUACUAUGUGACGUCAGGCCCUGCGAUUAUGGAUAGUGGGACUUCGCAGAUAAGUGUGGUGGAUGAUGAUGGAAAUGCAGUUAGCUUGACUUCAACAAUUAAUACUGCAUUUGGCUCAAAAAUGCUCUCAAAAUACGGUUUCAUCUAUAACAAUCAAAUGGAUGAUUUCUCGACACCCGGUUUUCAAAAUCAUUGGGGUUUUGAGCCAACUGCAGCAAAUUACAUCCAACCGGGACGCCGACCAAUGAGCAGUAUGAGCCCAACUAUAGUAUUUGAUGUGAGCAGUGGAAAUGUGAAAAUGGUGACUGGUGGAACUGGAGGAUCGAAAAUUAUUUCGGCGGUUGCACAGACUCUGAUUAGAGGACUACUUAUGGGGCAGAGUGCUGCGGAAAUUGUGGAAAUGCCGAGAGUACACAAUCAGCUAACACCAUAUGAAACAGAAGUGGAGAAUGACUUUUCUGAGAAAAUCCUCGAACAACUGGAACGGGAUCACGACCAAAAAAUGAAGAAAACCGAUGAAAGUCUGGCAAUUGUGUACCCAAUUACUAGAGACGGUGAUAAAUAUAAUGCAGCUGCAGAUUAUAGAAGACACUCCGGUAAUGAACCGGCUGGGUAUUAAAUUGAAUUUUUGUUGACUUUUUUUUGUAACGUAUUUAUUUUCACGUGAAUUAUAUUUUCAUACUUCUAGUUUAUAUCGAAUUGGAUAAAAAAAAUGAUUUUAAUAUUUUUCACUAAAAAGACACAUAUAAAUAUUUCAAAUUUGAAACCGUUAGUUUUUUUUUGAAUUUCUACAGCUUUCCUCGUGGAACUCUGUUUUUUGUCCAGAAUAAAAACAUUUGAUAAAACAUUAAAUGAAAAAUUAAAUUUAAAAUUUAAUCGAAUAAUCUUGUUUCUGGUAUGUUUUAUAAUACAAUUGAACUUUUUGAAUGUGUUGCUUUUUUGAAAGUUAAGUCAACUCAAUUUACUUUUAGAUUUUUUUUUCAAUAUAUACAUUUCCAUGGGUUUUCAUUUUUUUUAAUGUUUUAAAACUGAGAAUAUUGUUCCAACAAAAUAUUAUGAAUAUCAAUUUUUCAA